AUGUCAAUAAACAAAUCUGAAGAAAAUUCGAACCAAGAUCAAAACCCUAGAAUCACCUGGAAGGGCUGUAGUGUCUUGCUUGACAUCAAUGACGGCGAUCGCGUGCUUUUUUCUCGUCUUACUACUGGCUCGAAAAUAAAAAUUGGAAACAAGAAUUACUCGCUGCAGCCUUUGAUUGGGUGUCCAUUUGGGUCUUCCUUUCAAGUGGAGGAUGGUAAAGAAGGGCCAGUUUUAUCCCGUGUUUUGCAAUCUACUGAAGGUAAUAACCUUCAAAUUAUGGAGGAGUCCAGAGAUAACCGAAUGUUGGUUGAUAAUAAUAGUGCCCAAAGUCUCACCGUUGAAGAUAUUGACGAGAUGCGAAGAAAAGGAGCAUCUGGGGAUGAAAUUAUUAAAGCCCUCAUUGCAAAUAGUGCAACAUUUGAGAAGAAGACUGCCUUUUCGCAGGAAAAAUAUCUUCUUAAAAAGCAGAAGAAAUAUGCGCCAAGAGUACUUCUAAGACGUCCUUUUGCACGGAGCAUAUGUGAGGCAUACUUCAAAAAGCAUGCCGAGAGAAUUGGGUUUUUGCGGGUGGACACGUUAUCUCUUCUGCUUUCUUUGGCUAAUGUUAGUGCAUACUCAGAGGUACUUCUAGUGGAUAUGCUUGAUGGUAUCAUUACUGGUGCUGUGGCAGAACGCUUGGGAGGUACUGGUUAUGUAUGCAACACAUAUUGUGGAGUCACACCAUAUCCCAUUAAUAUUGUACAGAUGUUCAAUUUCAGUUAUGACAUAUGCCAAAGGAUUGUGCACUCUUCUGUAGCUGAACUACAUUCCUCUGAAAAUGAAACUGCACCAUCAACUGAUGAGCUGGAAGAUGCCAGUAACAUAAGAAGCCAACCAAAUGAACAAAUCUCAUCUCCUUCAUCUCAAAAUGCUGUCAUCAUGGAAGAAAAUGAAGAUGGGAAUAUGGAAAUCAUGUCUGAUGUUGCUGCUUCUCCAAAAGUUGACAAAGGUACAAAGGCUGGUCGAAAAGCACCAGUCGAGGCCAUUAAGUUAUGGAAGGAGAAUGGAUUUUCCAGUUUGAUAAUCGCUGCUCCAAACCUGGAUCCGUGGGGUAUUAUAAAAGAAGUCCUUCCACUUCUAUCCUAUUCUGCAUCAUUUGCUGUUUACCAUCAGUAUCUUCAGCCUCUAGCCACAUGCAUGCACAAUCUACAGGCCGAGAAAAUGGCCAUUGGCUUGCAAAUUUCUGAGCCUUGGCUACGUGAAUAUCAGGUUCUUCCAUCAAGAACUCAUCAACACAUGCAGAUGAGUGUAACCGGGGGCUAUAUACUGAGUGGCACUCGGAUAAGCGGCAACGAUCAGACCCAAACAAAGUAA